CAACGCUCUAACCACUAGGCUACCCUGCCGCCCCAUGAUAUACUGUAGUAGUGAAAGACAAGCUACUCACCUUUAACUGGUAGACCACUGGACUAAUGGAACUUUAACUAGUGGACUAAUGGAGCUUUAAAUAGUAGGCCACUGGACUAAGGGAGCUUUAACUAGUAGGCCACUGGACUAAGGGAGCUUUAACUAGUGGACUAAUGGAGCUUUAACUAGUAGGCCACUGGACCAAGGGAGCUUUAACUAGUACGCCACUGGACUAAGGGAGCUUUAAAUAGUAGGCCACUAGAUUAAUGGAGCUUUAACUAGUGGACUAAUGGAGCUUUAACUAGUAGGCCACUGGACUAAGGGAGCUUCAACUAGUAGGCUACUGGACUAAGGGAGCUUUAACUAGUGGACUAAUGGAGCUUAACUAGUAGGCCACUGGACUAAGGGAGCUUUAACUAGUAGGCCACUGGACUAAGGGAGCUUUAAAUAGUAGGCCACUAGAUUAAUGGAGCUUUAACUAGUGGACUAAUGGAGCUUUAACUAGUAGGCCACUGGACCAAGGGAGCUUUAACUAGUAGGCCACUGGACUAAUGGAACUUUAACUAGUAGGCCACUGGACUAAUGGAGCUUUAACUAGUGGACUAAUGGAGCUGCAAAUUAGACAAGGAAUCAGAGACAGAUGAAUUAGUAAAUGUAUUGUUUUUCAUGCACUUCCCAACUCUAAUGUGGUGUGGUGGCCUUCUGCUAAACGGUUAGAAAGACAAGGUAAAGGAUUCCAGUGAAAUACUAGGUGUGUGUUUUCUGUGCUUCCUGUAGUCUAAGCUGUAAGUGAGAAGAAGAGAAUUCACAUGGUGGAGGUGGGGAAACUGUCCAAGCAAGCUAAGAGUAAAACAGAGAGAAAGUCAUGUUAAAAUUAGCAAUUUAUAUUUGUAUUUUUAAUUUGGACCUAAUAUAUUUCAGUUCAAAAUAAUGUGAUAUUUCAUAGAUAAGUGUUUGUGUUCCAAAUUGAAUACUUGUGUUCUGUGUAGAGGGUACAGCGAGUAUGGAAGUAAACUGUCAUUAUUCAAGUAUGAUUCCAAACCCAACAACGCGAAACGGCAAAUAUGUACUAGGUUUGCGGGAAGUUCUAUAAGUUCUAUAAGUUCUAUAAGUUCUAUAAGUUCUAUAAGCUUCCUUGGGAGGUCUGGAAAACAAAGCACACAUGGGAGCAUACAUUUUCAUUCCCUUUGCCGGGAAGGCUAUCCCAUGACACCUUGCAACACAGUGAAAAUCACCCCCCCCCCAAAAAAAUCUGAAUUAAUGGUGGACUGAAGUCCCUGCUUGGGAGAAUAUGUUCCAGAGGAAAAAGGACUAACUUUGUAAAAUGUAAGUAUUAUGUUUAUUUAUUCACAAAAUUAUGUUAAAAUGUUCAACAAAUUACUUUCAUAUGAAUUUUGAAUUCAGGCAAUCUCAUCCUGGUUAUCAGCUGUUUUAGGGAUGACAAACUAAACAAACUAAUCGUAAAAUCAACGGUGUCAAUUGUGAAAACCCAGACAGUUUUUAAAAAAUCCUGAAUUAGUGAACGAGCUAGCCAGCUAAUGAGAAAUGUAGGAAUUAGUUCGUUUCACAUUUGUUUUCAAGGACAGAUGGCAACUGAUGUGUUAAUUUCACUCCAUGGCUUUGGCAGGACAAAAUAGUCAUGGCCGACUGGUUUGGAGGUGAUGGAUACUCUGUCCAUGCUUUCUUACUCCACGGUCGCGCAACAGGCAGGAAUCAAGCCCUUUCCAACAGAGGAGAGUCUGAAAGACGAGGAUAUUUACAGUCAUCUGAAGGACCUGAUUGAUGAGAACGUUCUAGAGGAUGAGGGAGAGUUGUAUGUUCCAGUCUACGGGUUGGAUGACACCGAUGAAGGAGGAGAGAUCUAUGAAGACCUGAUGAGGACCGAACAGCAUCCUACACUGAAGCAGGCUGAGAAUGUGAGAAGCUGCUGCCUCUCAGAGAUCAAACAAACAGAGGAGAGAUACACAGAGACCCUGGAGUCUAUAGAGAAGUACUUUUUGAAUCCACUGAAGAAAUUUUUCACUGCGUCAGAAAUCGACAAGGUUUUCGUCAACAUCCCUGACCUGGUGAAAGUCCAUAAGAGUCUGAUGGUGGAGGUGCAAGAGUCCAUUCUCAACAAGAACGCCUUAAACCUCUACCAGGUCUUCAUUGCCUAUAAGGACAGGCUACUCAUUUAUGGAAUCUACUGCAGCCACGUUGAGAUAUCCAUCACAGUGUUGGACUUUAUUUGUAAGGAGAAAGAGGACGUACGACUAAAGCUAGAGGAAUGUUCUAAAAGAGCCAACAAUGGGAAGUUCACUCUGAGAGAUCUACUGGUGGUUCCCAUGCAGAGAGUCCUCAAGUACCAUCUCCUACUACAGGAGCUGGUCAAACACACCCCCGACGCAGCCGACAAGAACAACCUGAAGAUGGCUCUGGAUGCCAUGAAGGACUUGGCUCAGUAUGUCAAUGAGGUGAAGAGAGACAAGGAGACUCUGAAGGAGAUCAACCAGUAUCAACGCUCCAUCGAGAACCUGAACCAGCCCCUGGAGAGCUACGGACGGCCCAAGGGGGACGGAGAGGUCCGAAUGGUGUCUAAUGUUGACAAGAAGAAACAGGACAGACAUAUCUUCCUGUUUGACGGGGCUGUGAUCGUCUGUAAGAGACGAGGAGACAACUAUGAGAUGAAGGAUGUGAUUGAUCUCAACUACUUUAAGAUCACCAACAACCCCACCCAGGAUAGAGAGAGCAAGAAGUGGUUCUAUGGUUUCUACCUGACCCAUCAGCAGGGGCAGAGUGGCUUUGAGUUCUUCUUCAAGACCAAGGAGCUGAAGAAGAAGUGGUUGGACCAGUUUGACAUGGCAAUAUCCAACAUCAGACCAGAGAACUCCAGUAACAACUUCCACCAGUUCAGGAUGCAUACCUUCAUCAGAAUCACUACCUGUAGCUCCUGUCACCUGCUCCUCAGGGGUAUCUUCAACCAGGGCUAUCUCUGUCUUAAGUGUGGACUCGGAGCUCAUAAGGAAUGUCUGGGUAGAGUGGGUGUCUGCGGAAGAACUGAUUCUGCCAAGCUGAGGCCUGAGAGGGCUCCGACGGUGCGUAAACAACCAGACCCAGGUCUCCCUAGGAUGCUGGUGAUCAGAGACUACUGUGGCAUCCCCUCUCCCCAGAGUGCCCCCCCGUUGACCAUCCAUGCUGGGGACAUCAUCGAGCUCAUCUGUGCCGACCUACACAGCUCCUGGUGGCAGGGCAAGAUCUUGGCGACGAGAGAGAUUGGUUCCUUUCCCAGCGAUGCCGUUCGGCCAUGCCCAUGUGUACCCAAACCAGUGGAUUAUUCAGCCCAGCUGUGGUUUGCAGGGCCAAUGGAGAGGCAGGAGGCGACGGUAAAGCUGAUGGACAGAGAGAACAGCACCUACCUGAUCAGACACCGGACCAGAGAGUCUAACGAGUAUGCCAUCAGUAUCAAGUUCAACGACGAAGUCAAACACAUCAAGAUCCUGACAAAGAAUGAAUGCUUUUACAUCGCAGAGACCAGGCUGUUUAAGACUGUGUUGGACCUGGUCGACUACUACAAGCAGCAUUCUCUGAGAGAGGGCUUCAAGAGUCUGGACACAACACUGCAGGUACCAUUCAGGGAGCCAAGCAACGGGAACAACAUGCCCCAAGGCAUCCGGCACACUGGCACUGUGUUCUCUCCCAGGGUGGUGGGCAUCGCGUUGGCACGCUACGACUUCAGUUCCAGAGACACCAGAGAGCUGUCUCUACAAGAGGGAGACUUAGUCAAGAUCUACACCAAGAUGGCUAACGGCUGGUGGAAGGGAGAGGUCAACGGCAGGGUGGGCUGGUUUCCCUCUACAUAUGUGGAAGAGGAAGACUGAGCUGGUUGAUUAAACCUCAGCUCUCAGGUGACACGGCUAUAGCCCACACUGCACUACGGCUCCAGACAUCCUCCAGGUUGUGGAGCCACAGCAUCCUGGCACUCUGAUAGAACUCAGACAAGACAAAAGCCCCAAGCCAGACAGAUGGAAGUAGGACAUGCCCUCUAUCCUCAUCCAUCCUCACCCUACCUCACCCAUCCUCAACACACCCAUCCUCCUCAACACACCCCUCCUCACCUCUCCCAUCCUCACCUCACCCCACCCCACCUCAGCCCUCCC